AUGGCCCCAACCACCUCUGAUGCUAGUGCUUCCCCGCUCACCAUGAAGCUGCUGGUGGACACCAAGGUCGGCCGCGUGCUUUAUGCGGAGGCAGGCAAGGACGUCGUCGACUUCCUCUUCUCCCUCCUCACCUUGCCCGUCGCCACGGUCGUCAAGAUCCUGAGCCAGGACGCCAUGGUCGGCUCCAUCGGCAACCUCUACCGCAGCGUCGAGACGCUUGACGACACCUACGUCCGCUCCGGCGACGCCAGGGCCGCGCUGCUCGCGCCGGCCGGAGGUUACGAUGGCGGCAAGCUGCUCCAGCUGCCAGAGGCAGUGGAGUCCUCUACUGAAUUUUACCGGUGCUGCUACAACAACUAUACCGAGUGCUGGACACACAUGUCUAAGGUGAGCGGCACGCGUUGUAAGCAUAGCAGCUGCAGCGGCAAGAUGACCACGAAGAUGAUCGUCGUUGCCGUGGAUUCGAGCCGUGCUUCUGGUGGAGAGGCAGCGGCGGCGGCAGCCCAGUCAGGUCAUGCAGGCAAGGGGUUCGUGCAGGGCGUGGUGACGUACACGGUGAUGGACGACCUGAAGGUGGCGCCCAUGUCCACCAUCUCCGGCAUCACCCUGCUCAACACCUUCGGCGUCACCGACAUCGGCACGCUCCAGGAGAUGACCGUCCAGCUGGGCUACGACGAGGGUUUGGAGAUUCUGAAGGCGUCGUUGAACAAGUCCAAGACUGUGCUGACUGACGUUUUCCUGACCAAGAAGAAGAAGGGGGCGCGAACAUCCGGCGACAAGAACGCCGGUACUAGUCAACAGCAGCAAGAGAAGAGAGCGCGGACUGAUCAAGCGGCGGGAAAAGGGUUGGCUAUUGAAUAA